UGGGACGCGCUGCGGAGGAGCAUAACCGGGCUGGUGAACAAGGCCACGGCAGCCAACAUCCGGCACGUGCUUCCCGAGCUGCUCGCCGAGAACCUCGUCUGCGGGCGCGGUCUGCUGUGCCGCGCGCUCAUCAAGUCGCAGGCAGCCUGCCCGGCCUUCACCGACGUGUUUGCGGCGCUCGCUGCCGUUGUCAACUCGAAGCUGCCCAGCGUCGGCCGCCUCCUCCUGGUCCGCCUCGCGAUCCGCAUCAGGCACUCCUUGCACAGCAACGACAAGCCCCAGCUGGUGGCCGCGGCGAGGUUCGUCGCCCACCUCGUGAACCAGGGCGUGGCGCACGAGCUGCUGGCCCUGGAGAUCCUCGAGACGCUGCUCGCCAGGCCCACGGACGGCAGCGUGGAGGUGGCCGUGGGGGUUGUCAGGGAGUGCGGCGCCACUCUGCGCGACGCGUGCCCCCGUUUGCUCGACGCCGUGUUCGACGCCCUCAUGAGCAUCCUCCGCGACGGCAACAUGGUCGACAGGCGCCGCACCGAGUUCAUGAUCGAGGGACUGUUGGCCGUCCGGAAGGCCCAGUUCCGGGCGCACCCUUCCGUCCGGCCGGAGCUAGACCUUGUCGAGACGGAGGACCAACUGACGCACCAAGUUGAGAUCUCCAGCCGAGGUCUCGACCCCGAGAGCCACCUCGAUGUGUUCAGCUUCAGCGCCACGUUCCUUCAGGACGAGGCUGCCUACGAGGACCUCAAAAGAAGCAUGCUUGGUCUUGGAGGCGACCUUUCUUCUUCUGAAGAUGAAGAUGACGCACAAGUCUGCAGCAGCGACGAGCGAGACAUGGAGGAGGAGGUGAUGAUCAAGGACGAGACCGCGACCGAUCUGGUCGGCCUCCAGAGGACGAUAUACCUGACGAUAAUGUCAGCCGUCGGCUUCGAGGAAGCCGGGCACAAGCUGAUGUCGGUCGUGAGGCCCGGCCAGGAGUCCGAGCUGUGCGCCAUGCUCAUCGAGUGCUGCCGCCAGGAGAGGACAUACACCCGCUACUACGGCCUGCUCGCGCAGAGGCUCUGCGGCGUCCACCACAGGGCGUACCAGGCCGGCUUCGAGGCCUGCUUCUCGCGGCUCUACGCGAACACGCACCGGAUGGGCACCGACGAGCUGCGAGGCAGCGCCAGGCUCUACGCGCACCUGCUGGCCACGGACGCCGUCUCGUGGCGCCGCGUGCUGGCCGGCUGCGUCAGGCUGACGGAGGAGGACACCACGUCUUCCUCGCACAUAUUCAUCAAGUUGCUCUUCCAGGAGCUGUCGGAGCAGCUCGGGGUACCGCUGCUCAGCCGGAGGUUGAACGACCAAGACCCCGCGGUCCGGGAUGCCCUUUUCCCCGCUGACUCUGUCCGGAAUACUCGAUUCGCCGUCAACUUCUUCACGGCGAUUGGUCUGGCAGGUGUCACACAAUCAGCCAGGGACUGUCUGGUUAACAACUGACUAGUAAGGUGUCCAAUGGAUAACGAUGAACAGAACUUGAUUCAUACUUUUUUUUAAAUGUUCGUCUCAAUUU